AUGCACUCACAGGCAUUUGCAAAUGUCCAUAACUCGCAAGUAAAGGUCAAAGAAUUCGUUCCCAAGUUAUCUUCGCGUUUUACCAAAUCAGCUACUACUACUACUACUACUACUACUACUUCUUCUUCUUCUUCUUCUUCUUCUUCUUCUUCUUCUUCUUCUUCUUGUAGUUGUUUGUUCACCAAAUCUUCUUCUACUCCUCCUCCUCCUCCUUCAUCUUCUUCUUCUUCUUCUUUUUUAACCAAAUCUUCUACUUCUUCCUCUGCUACUCCCCCUCCUUUCUCUUCUUCUUCUUCUUCUGCUACUCUUCCUCCUCCUUCUCCUCCUCCUUCUUCUUCUUUUAAUUUCUUUCUUUAUAGUCUUUUGUUCACUCUUUUUCACCCUCUUUCCAUUUUUCUCUCACUCUAUCUCUCUCUCUAUCUAUCUGUCUAUCUAUCUUUAUUCUUUCAUUCAUUUUAUCUAUCUAUCUAUCUAUCUAUCUAUCUAUCUAUCUAUCUAUCUAUCUAUCUAUCUAUCUAUCUCAAGGACACGCGCACACAGUCUCUCUAUCCUUAUUUCCCCUCACAUUCUGUCUUCCUUCUCUCUACAUCUCUAUUUAUUUCUCUGUACCCCACUCCUCAUUUCCUGAAUGAUGCGCGCCAUUUUCCCUACAAUAUAACAUAG